UUUAUAUUGAUUCCAUCCGAAUAUUAUACUUGGUAUACUGCUGGUUACUUUUCCAAGUUUAUGAUAAAAAUGUUUGAUAGAAUAUAAUGAAUCUCUUGAAUUCAUCCUUAAGAUACCGCUAGAUACUGAGUCUUAUACAAAACGUCGUUCAAAACGCUGCUAAACAGUAGCAGCAAUAAGUAAACUCAGCUUCUUCCUAUUCUGUAAUCAAAAAUGAAUUUCAAUUUAGUUUAUCUUUUUCAAGCGGCUGGAGUUUUGGGUCCAAGCAUGGGCGCUGGUGCUGCUUUGUAUAUUUCUGCUCAGGCAGUACCUCUUUUAUUAAUGGCACCUGCAGACGUAGGUCUUGCUCAAUUUAAAUAUAUGUAUCUUCUUGGAAAACGAACCUUUCCAUUUGUUGCAAUUGGAAGUACGCUAGCUCAAGGAUGUUUGGCCUACUGGGAACGACGACGUAGUGUCUUGUCUUCCAAUCUGCAUCUCCUUGCAGGAUCAGCUUGUACAUGUGUUAUUCUUUAUACACUAUUGUUUAUGAGAAACAUCAAUGGAACACUGCUUUCUAUGAAUCCAGAUUUAAUUCUAAAGUCCACAGAAGCAACGGUUGCGUUUAGGAACUUGAUUCAAAAGUGGUGCAUCAAGAACUUGGGCCGAUGCACUUUAUUCUUCUUUGCUGCAGUUUCCUCCUUUGCUGGUACCUUUCUUUUUUAAUACUACUAUUCAAUGGUUCAGACUCACACCUUGUUUCAACAAUCCUUAGAUUCUAGUUAAUUAAGGAUCUUGCUUUAGUCAAUUAUAAUGCAUCUUUAAAAAAAACGCAGUGAAUUGCUUGUUAGAAUACGAUUUUCUUUAUUUUCUGCCUGACAGAAGCGAUUCUAACAUAUCUAAUCCUUUUUU